AUGUCUUCGACCGCCUUGGUAGAUGAUUACAACCCCUCCGUGCAGUACAGCCCCAACUGGAUUGCGACGGAACAAUUACCAACGGAAGUCGAUGGUACCCGGCAUGGUGCCGCAGCCGCGGGGCUCACUGCGACGCUGUCUUUCAAAGGUACUGGUAUCCAGGUGGUCGGUGUUCUCGAACCUACCGGGGCCAACGGGCAGCCUACAACACAAUACGCCAUCGACGGUCAAGUAGUGGAUACGUACACUGCGCCAUACACCCCAGACGGUCAAACGACGUUCAACGUUACAUUCUUUUCUAAGAACGACUUGUCCUCCGAAGACCACACGCUCGUUAUCACGAAUAUGAACGGUCAAAGCCCGACGCUCUUCUGGCUGGACUACUUCCUCGUCGAGAACUCUUCGCCGCCGUCGCCGGCCUCUCAUUCCCUCUCACACCCGUUCUUCAUCUUCGACCCAAUCCGCUACCACUACGUCCUCGUCUCCUUCUGA